AUGCCCCAUUUCUACACAUACCAAACUCCCAACCCCUCCGCUGUCAACACACAAGGGUCGACUGGCUACUGGGAGAACCCGGCAGAUUGGCCCAGAACCUAUCUCUACGUCUCUAACCAAGAAGGUUUACAGGGGAUUCAUCCACCGGCGCCCGUGUAUCAGUCCAAUCAACCAGCUCAGCCAGCCAUGUAUUAUUUCCAAGGGAGCUCGAGUGCCCCGGCGGGUUACUACGUGAAUGGCCUCUACUACGGCAUGAGCCCUCCGUCUGCAACAACUGGUUGGCCUUACACCUCCUCUGCCUACACUUGCUACACCUUGCCUGCCACUUCUACACCAAGCACCCCGUUCUAUCCGUACACCUACUCACCAUACCAUACAGCCCCGAAUCCGAUUCAAUUCCCCGUCACUUCGCCAUGGUCUCAGCCUCCGGGUCCGGCACAGGCCGCGGCUGCAGUAGCUGCCAAUGCUGCCCUUGCUGCAAUGCCAAACGCACCAGCUUACUUCGUCGGCGCCACAGCAGCAGAGAUUCAAGCCCAGAACGCCAUUUUGCUUGCCAAUUUGCAAGCUAGCCAGCAGCAACCCAGCCAACUGGCACCGUACAAACCUGGUGCAAGUCCACAAUUCUGGUGCAAGGAACUUGAUGGAAGCUGGACCUUGAGGGAGUACAACGACGCGUUGAAGGGUGAUUUUCCGGUGGGCCAUUGGGAGAAGCAUGUGACCAGUGGCUAUUACUAUUAUGUUCGUCACACUGGUUGA